CUCUCAAAGGACUCCAUUGGAAGAACAAAAGGAGGAGCUCUGAGAUUAGUGUUUGAGAACGAAGAGUGGAGCUUAAUCAGAAAUGGCACCGGGGCUGUUGUGUGCUGCACUGAUUGUGGCCUUCUUUUGCUCUUCUGUUUCGCCUGAUGCUCAAGGAGAUGCUUUGGAUGAGGUAAAGAAGUCACUCAAUGCAUCUCCUGAUCAACUUACAGAUUGGUAUGUGAAUCUUGUUACACCAUGCACGUGGUCCCAAGUCACAUGUGAUAGUAAUAACAAUGUCAUCAUCGUGUCACUGUCUAACAUGGGAUUCAAUGGCACAUUAUCUCCCACAAUAGGAGCUUUGAAGAAUCUCAACACACUAUCAUUGCAAGGAAAUAGAAUUACUGGUAGAAUUCCGGACGAACUUCAAAAUUUGACAAGCUUGACAAUGUUGGACCUAGGAUCCAAUCAAUUUUCCGGAGAAAUACCACCUUCACUUGGAAAACUCAAGAGGCUUCAGUCCUUGUACUUGAAUCAUAACAAUCUCACUGGAGCAAUCCCUCAAUCUCUUUCAAGCAUUCCUAACUUAACUAGCUUACAGCUUGAUUCAAAUGGUCUUGCUGGACAGAUACCUGAACGCUUAUUUGAAGUACCUGAAUACAAUUUUACAGAUAAUUCAAGCAAAUCAAAGACUGGAGUGGUUGUUGGUAUUGUUGUUGGAGUUUUGGUUAUUGUUCUUGCCUUAGUUUUGCUGCUAUUUUGCAUGAGGUUCCGAUCAAAGGGUUACAAGCAUGAGUUCUAUAAAGAUGUUAUAGGAGAUGUUGAUCAACAGAUCGAGUUUGGUCAGUUAAGAAGAUUUUUAUGGACGGAAUUGCAAGCUGCUACAAACAACUUUAGUGAGAAGAACCUUCUUGGACAGGGAGGCUUUGGGAAGGUGUACAAAGGAGUGCUCCCUGAUAAUACAAAGGUUGCUGUUAAACGGCUCACUGACUAUGAGAGUCCUGAUGUAGAUGCUGCAUUCUACCGUGAAGUUGAGAUGAUAAGUGUGGCCGUUCAUCGGAAUAUCUUAAAGCUAAUUGGCUUUUGCACCACUCUAACAGAGCGCUUUCUAGUAUACCCUUUCAUGCCCAAUUUAAGUGUUGCCUAUCGUUUACGAGAACUUAAACCUGGGGAGGCUGUUCUGGACUGGCCUACGAGAUGGCAUGUGGCAUUGGGCACUGCACGUGGACUUGAAUACUUGCAUGAACAUUGUAAUCCAAAAAUUAUUCACCGCGAUGUUAAGGCUGCAAAUGUAUUGUUGGAUGAAGAUUUUGAAGCUGUUGUGGGUGAUUUUGGGCUGGCAAAGCUCGUGGAUGUUAAAAGGAUGAAUGUGACAACUCAAGUACGUGGCACAAUGGGACACAUAGCUCCAGAAUACUUGUCUACUGGUAAGUCAUCAGAGAAAACUGAUGUUUUUGGCUAUGGAGUCAUGCUUCUAGAGCUUGUAACAGGUCAACGUGUGAUUGACUUCUCUCGCCCUGAUGAAGAAGACGUGUUAUUGCUUGAUCAUGUUAAGAAACUGGAAAAAGAGAGACGGCUACAUGACAUUGUAGACGGAAACCUAAACAUGAACUACAACAUGGAAGAGGUAAAGAUGAUCAUUCAGGUGGCUCUACUUUGCACCCACGCAUCGCCCGAAGAACGACCCGCAAUGUCGGUAGUAGUGAAAAUGUUAGAAGGAGAGGGGCUUGCAGAGAGGUGGGAAGAGUGGCAGCAUAGUGAAGUGACACGCGGACAGGACUACGAGCGGAUACAGAGACGAUUCAUGUGGGGCCCAGAUUCAUCCUUUAAACAGAGUGCUAUUGAGUUGUCUGGUGCAAGAUGAUAAUGUUGCUGGUUUUGUGUUUUUUUGUGGUAUUGGAAAAUGGAUUUGCUCAUAAAUUUGUAUACUUUCUGGUAACUAAACUGUUUGGUCGAUU